AUCGAUAGCCAACGCGUCAAACCUAAAAGAUAAAACCUGCAAGCUCUAUGCGUUCUACCACCUUGGUGGCCUAGCGAAUAAUCAGAGAGGCAAACGAGAAGUAUAUCGGAGGAAGAAGACAGUGGGACUUUGCCAUGAUGUCCACACUGUUUGCCGUGACACUGUCAACAGUAAUUAAUCUAAUAUCAGGUGUGAGCUUGGGGACUGUGGAGCCUGAGGCUCCUCCCACACCCUCCCCUAGUCCUCAUGCUCUGGGUGACUUGAUACAUGCAGCUCUACUGAGGAAGGAGUACCUAGGACAUGCCCUUAUGGACACAGACACAACCACCAACCCCACUCAAGCAGUACCUGCCAUUGGGCAGACUGAGCUUGCAUCCACAGUGAUGUCACCAGGGGUGCUCACAACAGCUUUGGGGUCGACCAGCCUGUCAGGAGCCAGGAGCAGCCUGCCACUUACAGAGGAAGAGACUACUACCACUUUGAUCACCACAACAACCAUAACUACUGUGCACAUACCAGUGCAGUGCAAUGCCAGUCUCUCGGGCAUGGAAGGAAUUGUGGAGUCUCCAGAAUCCAUGUCACCAUUCCCAUUUUCCCCCCUAGAGUGCAUCUACAGCAUCACUGUAUUUCCAGGGUAUGGAGUGGAGUUGCAGGUGAAGAAGGUCAGCCUUUCAAAGAAGGAGUCACUGACCAUUUUUGGAUAUGGAGAAUUGGGACCUGAGGUUUUAGCCAAUGAAACGUUGAUCAAUGAAGGUCAAGUAAUUCGCAGCUCAACCAAUAAGGUGCAGAUUCACUACCGUAGUCUGCGGCAGACCAAUCAUGGCAUUUUCAGCCUCCAGUAUCAAGCCUUCCUCCUUUCAUGCACGUUCCCUCUCUCUCCUGGGGGAGGGGGUGUAACAGUAACAGACAUUCAUCCGGGAGGUCAGGCCCACUUCCAUUGUGAUCCAGGGUUUCAGGUCAGGGGUCACGAGGUAGCCACCUGCCUCAACACGACACGUCCGCAUUGGAGUUUUCCUGAACCACAGUGUGUGGCUGUUUCAUGUGGAGGGUGGAUUCGAAAUGCAACCAUGGGACGAAUUUUCUCGCCACCUCACCCAUCUGCAAAUAACCACAGUAACGGAAAUAAUCUGAGCUGCCACUGGUUACUAGAGGCCCGGGAGGGACAUAGACUUCAUCUCCACUUUGAAAGGGUUGCGCUGGAUGAAGAUGACGAUAAGCUGAUUGUGCGCAGCGGCAACAGCUCUACAGCUCCUCUGCUCUUUGAUUCAGACCUGGAUGAUGUUCCAGAGCGAGGGAUUGUGAGUGAGGGCUCUAUGCUCUACCUGGAGCUCACAGCUGACUCCUCUGCCAUACCACUGCUUCUGGCUCUGCGCUAUGAAGCUUUUGACGGUGAACACUGUUAUGAGCCCUACUUGCCUCAUGGAAAUUUCAGUAGCAGUGACAUCACCUUUCAGCUGGGUACAACUGUAACCUUCUCCUGUUCUUCGGGAUUUGUCAUGGAACAGGGCUCUGGGAUCAUUGAGUGUGUUGACCCCAGUGACCCCCACUGGAAUGAGAGUGAGCCUGUGUGUAGAGCUCUAUGUGGGGGGGAGCUGACUGACCCCACAGGCACCGUCCUUUCUCCCGACUGGCCUCAGAGUUAUUCUAAGGGGCACGACUGUGUGUGGCAGAUCCAUGGAAGUGAGGAGAAGCGCAUUGAACUGGAUGUGCAGAUCUUAAAUAUUCGUCACAAGGAUGUCCUCACCGUUUUUGAUGGACAUGACCUCAUGUCCCAUGUGAUUGGUCAGUACCUGGGGUCCAAAGAGCGUUUUCAGGUUGUCUCAGGAGGCUCAGAAGUCACUAUUCAGUUCCAGAGUGACCCUGACGAUUCCACAUUUAUUUUAAGUCAAGGAUUCCUUAUUCACUACCGUGAAGUUGAGCCCAACGACACCUGUCCUAUUCUCCCUCAAAUUGAAUUUGGAUGGAUUAGCUCCUCCCACACGUCUCCUGUUAGGGGCAGUGUGUUGACAUAUCAGUGUCAGCCUGGGUAUGAUAUCAGUGGCUCUGACAUCAUCACUUGCCAAUGGGACCUUUCCUGGAGCAACAGUCCACCCACCUGUGUUAAAGUUCAGCAGUGUCCGGAUCCGGGGGAGGUUGUAAAUGGAGCCCGUUCUGUACGGCCGGAAGCUGGUUUUGCAGUAGGAACUGUGGUGCGCUUCUCCUGUAACCAAGGUUAUCAACUAGAGGGUCCUGGGCAGAUUACUUGCCAUGGGAGAGACACUGGUACUCCCAAAUGGAGCGACCGCAGUCCAAAAUGUGUCCUGAAGUAUGACCCAUGUCCAAACCCGGGCGUCCCUGACAAUGGUUACCAGACUUUGUACAAGCAUAGCUACCAGGCUGGAGAAACUCUACGGUUCUUCUGCUAUGAGGGCUAUGAACUAAUUGGGGAGGUCAUCAUCAACUGUGUUCCAGGCCACCCUUCUCAAUGGAAUAGCCCACCACCCUUCUGCAAAGUGGCAUAUGAGGAGCUACUGGAUGAUCAUAAAUUGGAAGUUUCUCAGUCAUUUGAGCCGUCCCACCAAAUCUUAAGUGAGAACAUAGCCUUGGCCAUUGUCCUGCCUAUUGUCCUAGUCAUUCUGCUGAUUGGAGGAAUUUAUAUGUAUUACACAAAUGUAUGUAGACUACAGUGGAAGCCUCUGUUCUGGAAGUCUCUCUCACACACACACUCAUACAGUCCAAUUACAGUGGAGUCUGAUUUCAACAACCCUCUAUAUGAGGCAGGGGAUACACGAGAAUAUGAAGUGUCUAUUUAAUAUGGAAAAAAACUGGGAGACAACUUUCAUUUUCUUGGAUGGCUUAUUUUUAUCCCUUCAUCUCAAGCCUGCCCUCUCCAUGUCCUACCUGUUCUUUACAAGUGUACAACUUUAACUGUGAAUCCUUUUCCUCCAUCCCACCAAUCUCCCCAUCUUGCUUUGUAUUGAUGGUCUGAGCUUGCGUUUUAACAUUUGUGUACUUAACGGCUGUCCUUCAGUGUUGUGCUCAUAUUCACAUUCCAACUUCGUCUCACAUUAGGACUGGUGCCUUACAACAAGUAAGAUGAUAGAGAUAGAGAGAGAGAGAGAGAGAGA